UUAUGACGACGUCGCUCGACCCUGGUACCACAUUGUGCAGCUUCGGUGCCGACGCCAAUACAUCAUCGACGACCAAAUAUAUCACUGUUGAAAGUGAUAUCUUUCGAGUGUUCCAAGACGGUAUCGACGGCAACACAUCAAUUCUCGGGAUAGCUCAAGACGAAUUUCAGUCCUCGAAGCGUCAAAUGAAAACCCAACGAGGAUACUAGUCCAACACCUGGCGCCCAAACAAGAUACCUCAUCGCCGAAUUAUUAUUCAGCACGCUCAAUACAUCUUGACAACAUGUCCGAAGCAAUGUCCGGCUGUUCGGCUGACCCGAAGUCAUCUCACACACGAAACUACUCUGAAGAUUCCAUGGCGAUUUCUCCAAUGGAGCAACUUGGAUAUCACAACACCUCGAUAGACUCCAUCCUCGCCGGCUUACAGGCCCCGAGCCAGCCAUGUUCGUCGGCCCGUAAACAUGUAACGCCAGACACGUCAAAAGACUCGCGAGGAAUCGGGUGUUCACUCACCAAUCCAUCCGUGCACGACCGAUCAGCACAACAACCUAAUAAAUCAACACAGCAACCCCAAUCUUCGCCCCGCUGCAAUUCCUGUCGGCCUCCAUCUCCAACCAGCACGCGCCCAAGCUCAUCCGCCGGCAACCCGGCCGCACGGCUUCCACCAUGCCGAAGGCCACGCGGCGCCGUCGCCCGGAGUUCCCUCGCCCAGGCCUUUGCCUCGGAGGAUGGUGGAUCCGCAUUUCUGCCGGCAUCUAUCGGCAUACGGACAUCUCCACGCCGUAACCACACAGCCUCGACCACUUUCGCCCAUCGACCGGCGCCAACUCCGAUUGUCCCUGCAACAGAAACACAACCGAUCCCACAGACGACCUCUCGCGGAAGUGAUCAGUACAACACCCAACGCACCGACUCGAUCAUCUCUCUACCAUCCCUCUCCUCCUCCAGCUCUCAACAAGAUCAAGCAACAUCACUACCACACAAUAAGAGCAACAAAACCUCCCGCCACCCCUUCCACCGCACAACCUCCUCAAGCAGCAAUAAUUCAAGUUCAAGUACAACUUCCUGCUCCAGCGCCUCUACAAGCAGCAGCGCCCUGCACUUCGGACGAAACAACAGCAGCAGUAGCACCAGCAGCGCUUCGACCACUACGACAACCUCAACCUCCUCCUGCUCAUCAUUCUCCAAACUCUCCCCCUUAACUUCAAUCCCACCAUCAUCCUCCUCAUCCCCCUUCUUCAAAAGUCCUCCCUCAUCACACUCCCCACUCUCCCCCUUCACCCCGCUCUCCACCCCCUCCUCACCUCCGGUGACCCCCGCCUUCGCCGCCCUCUCCUCGAAACCCUACCUCCACCAUCCCGCAGGCUACGCGCCGAUGGCGGCAGGCUUCGCACGCCUGAAGAUCUCCUCCUCCUCGUCGCGGCAUUCCGUCGCAGAGGAAAGAGGUGACGAAGACUUCUUCUUCAAUCGCGGCGGAGACGUCGGGAGUGCUGGUGCUGACGGCGCGGAGGUGAGGAUGAGGUUGUUGGUUAGCGGGGCAGGGGUUCAGGCUGGGAGUCGGUGGACGCGGACUUUUCACGGAGGAGAGGAGGACCAGGAGGGAUUUCGUCCCCAGGGGCGGGGUGAGGAGAUGAUGGCGAUGUUGAUGGUCCUCAAUGAAGGUCAUGUGUGUUUUCCUUGUUUUCUCUCUGGCAGAAUCCUGGGAGGUCUUUCUCUGCGUCUGUUCCGCAGAUGGCUUCUCGUUUCUCCUCUUUCGUUUUAGGGCGGGCAUUUUCCUCUCAUGAUUGCAGCAAAAGCGGCGCGGGGCCAUCAGCGAGGCAAGGAGGAAAGCGCUUUUGUUUUCGUUUCGUGUGCUCUUUCGUCUUU